UUCAAAUAACUUAAUUGUUUCUUAUUUUGAAGUAUCAAAAUUAAUAUAUGGGUGUUAUGUUUGUCUUAUGUUUAGGAUUUUAUGAAAAUGGAAAAUUAUGAGGCAUUUGUAGGCUUUGAUCUCUGUAAGACACCACUCUCCAGUGUUGCUCAGAAGAUUAUGUCUGCUAUGCAUUCAGGUGAUUUAGUGGAGUCUAAGAAUUGGAGAGAGAGUGAAAAGACUGCAGAAGUGGUAAACAAGUCCAGUGUUAGGAAUUUAGUAGUACUUGAAGAUGGGAAGAAUCAGUCACUGGAAAAAAAGAAUCUUAAUUCUUUUACAAGCCAGACAUCAGGAUCUUCCAUCAAACUCUCUCCUCAAUCCUCCAGGAUCAGACUCACAGAUCAGCUGUCUACUGACCAAAAACAGAAGGACAUCAGCUCAUUGGCUCCUUCCAGUUGUUUAAUUCCACAGUGUAACCAGGAGGCUUCAGUUCUACAGAAGAUGGAACAUAAAAGAAAAUAUUUCCUAAAGGAAAAUAUAAAUAAUGAAAAUAAAGAAAGCAUGAAUCUUAAAAGAAAACAUAGUACAUAUAGUAAUUCAUCAGAGAAAACAAGUAAACAUAUGGCAUUGGAAGAAGAUGCUGAUGAAAUUGAAGCCUACCCAAAAUCUGGGAACUCAAGAGCAUUCAAAAACCAUUUUUGUGAUAUUAGGUAUUUGGAUGAUUUGGAGAAAAACCAGCUGAUUGAAAUGCUCAAACAGGCAGUAGCCUUGGUGGUAACUCUGAUAUAUAAGGAUGGUUCAACCCAGCUAAGAGCUGACCAGGCUCUAGUUUCCUCUGUUAAAGGAAUUGUGAUGUUACUACAGAGCCACGCAGAAGAAGGCAGUGGUCCUUUGGAUGCCUCAGCCUCUUCUGGUGUUCUGGAGGAAGGCUUCACACCCAGUGAUCAGUAUAUCUACAUAAAAACAGAGCACGCUUGUAUUUGGGGCCAAGAACAAGAGGCACAUAAUCAAUUUGCCAGGAACGUGCUGUUUCAAACACUGAAAUGUAAAUGUCCUGUUAUUUGUUUUAAUGCGAAGGAUUUUGUGAGAACCGUGCUGCAGUUUUUUGGUGAUGAUGGCAGUUGGAAGCAUGUUGCUGAUUUUGUAGGGCUAGAUCCCAGAAUUGCUGCAUGGCUUAUAGAUCCUAGUGAUACUGCGCCCUCUUUUGAAGAUUUAGUGGCAAAAUACUUUGAAAACUCCGUCACAGUUAAAGUGAGCAGCACAUAUGGAAAUUCCUCAAGAAAUAUUGUGAAUCAGAAUGUAUGUGCGAACCUGAGGAUACUCUACAGACUUACGAUGGGCCUUUGUUCUCAGUUGAAGAUUUAUGGUUUAUGGCAACUUUUUUGUAUUUUGGAGCUUCCUCUGAUACCAAUUUUGGCAGUAAUGGAAAGCCACAACAUUCAGGUGAACAAAGAAGAAAUGGAGAGGACUUCAGCACUUCUUGGGUCUCGUCUCAAGGAAUUGGAGCAAGAAGCCCAUUUUGUUGCAGGAGAACAGUUUCUUAUAACAAGUAAUAAUCAGCUUCGAGAGAUCCUCUUUGGCAAGCUAAAGCUGCAUCUGCUGAGUCCAAGGGAGACUCUUCCCAAAACGGGGCUGCAGGGACACCUAUCCACGUCAGAAGCCAUGUUAAAUGCUCUACAAGACCUUCAUCCAUUACCCAAGAUAAUUUUGGAAUACAGGCAGGUUCACAAGAUCAAGUCAACCUUUGUAGAUGGAUUACUCGCUUGCAUGAAAAAGGGCUCCAUCUCCUCUACCUGGAAUCAGACUGGAACUGUGACUGGAAGACUCUCAGCCAAGCACCCUGUAAGUUAGCUCUCCUGUUA